UUUCUCCCUCCCACCCCCCCUUUCUCCCUCGUUAUCUUUCUCUCUCUUCGAAAUUCCCAAAAAGAAAAAAAAGUUCGAAACAAAACAAAAACAACGCAACACUUAAAAUCGGAUCCGAAACAAGACCCUAACCCUAGACGCGAGUUUGUCCUCUUUGUUUCCCUUUUCUAUGGCUAUUCCCUCUUCUUUUAUUUCUCCUUCGGAAUGACUGAUAGUGGAACUUGAUUUUUAGGGUUAGGGUUUUGUGUUUUCCAAGGGGUGGAGAUAGGAUUAGGGUUAGGGUUAGACCUAGGGUUCGAUUUUUUUUAUGGAAUACCAAGGGGUUUGUGGUACUGAUGCUUGUGGUUGUCGUUGGUGAUGACCGGAGCCCUAUGCCACCGGCAGAAGAAGAUGAUGGGUAGGGGUGCGGACGGAGGUUGCGGCACCGAGGAGAGGCUAUGCCGCCCGAUUUCUGGGGUCUCCAGUCGGAGGCCGGUGAUCCAAUCUGAGACUUCCGAGAAGCAAUAUGAUGUUGGUGUCGAUUUCUUUUCUCAGGCACGGAAAGCCCUUUGCCAACGUUCCCCUUUUGAUGUCCCUGAAGGUGGUUCUGUGUCGGGGUUGAGUGUGCCAACGCUGCCCAGUGGACUGGCUAGUUUGUUGAAGCAGACUGAUAGUAGGAAGAAGCAUAAGAAGUCGCAUUCGGGAGCAGAUAAGAAGUCUUCCAGGCAGGGUGAAAAGGCUCGAGAAGCCAGCAUUUGGGCUGAAACGGAAGUGUUUUUUCGGGACCUAGCAUUGCCGGAUAUUGAUGCUUUGUUUGAGAUUAUACCAUCCAGGUUUUUAGCUGCUAGGAAGAAGUGUUUUAUGAUUCCUUAUGUUGGAAAUGUGCUAACAGGGAAUUCAAAUUUGUAUGCUGAAGUGGAUGAGAAGGCGAGUGUGAGUAGUGGGGAGAAUUUUAAUGGUGUGAAUGAAAAUGGUAAUGUUGAUAAAGAAGGGAAGGAGGUCGUCAGGGUUGAGGAUUGGCACUUAAUGGAAAUUGAUAACGUUGCAACGCAAGCUCAGUUUUCACCAAAGGAAACAGCAGGACACUUUUUUCCAGAUUCAACUAGUAGUUUAGAGUGGCUUUUAGGUUCUAGGAGUAGGAUAUUAUUAUCUUCAGAGCGGCCUUCAAAGAAGCGGAAGCUUGUUGGAGAAGAUGCUGGGCUGGAGAAAAUAUUAGUUGCACGUCCAUGUGACGGGGAUUCAUCUUUAUGUCACUUUUGUUGCACUGGUGAUACUGGAAAAGGAUCAAACAGGUUAAUUGUUUGUAGUUCUUGCAAGGUAGCUGUUCAUCAGAAGUGCUAUGGUGUGCAAAAAGAUGUAGAUAGUUCUUGGCUCUGUUCUUGGUGUGAGCUGACAAAUGAUGGCGAUGGUACAGUGAAAUCUUGUGUACUUUGUCCGAAGCAGGGUGGUGCAUUAAAGCCUGUCCAAAAGAAUGAUGAAAAUGGUUCAUCUGUGGAGUUUGCUCACUUGUUUUGUUCAUACUGGAUGCCUGAGGUUUAUAUAGAAGACUUGACAAAGAUGGAACCAAUUAUUAAUGCGGGAGGAAUAAAUGACACCAGAAAGAAAUUAGUCUGUAAUGUAUGCAAGGUGAAGAAUGGUGCGUGUGUUCGGUGCAGUCAUGGAACUUGCAGAACCUCAUUCCAUCCUAUAUGUGCAAGAGAAGCCAGGCAUAGAAUGGAAGUUUGGGGAAGAUUUGGGUGUGAUAAUAUUGAGUUACGGGCAUUUUGCUCUAAGCAUUCAGAAAUCCAUGAUAAAAGCAGUUCCCCACAACAUGGAGAACUUUGUGCUUCUGGCACAGACUCUUCUAUCACCAACCAACUUUCGCUGCAAUCUAUGGACAAUUCUCAAAAUUCAAAAAUUAGCCAGAGUAAUGGAGAUAAAAUUGCAGUGGGCAUAGAAGGUCUAGAUGAUAAAUCUGGUGAUGGUGAGUUGCAGGAGAUAGACGUGUCUGGUACCAGAUCAAAUGCCCAAGUUGCAUCUGAAUGUGGUGAGGCACAGCAUCUGGUUGAUGUGGGGUUGUUGGAGAGGACAAAUGAUGAUGAACAUAGCCCAUUUAACUCUCUUAAUUUUGCAAUGAUUUUGAAGAAGCUAAUUGACCGAGGGAAAGUCAAUGUAAAAGAUAUAGCAUCGGAGAUUGGACUCUCAGCUGAUUCUUUGAGUGCUUCAUUAAAUAAUGAUAGCUUGGCACCUGACCUGCAAUGCAAAAUAGUGAAAUGGCUUAGUAAUCAUGCAUAUAUGGGCACUUCCCUGAAAAAUAUAAAAGUUAAUAUUAAGUCUUUGAUUUCAUCGAAGGAUGAGACUGAUGAGACUGGAAUGGGUAUUUCCGACGAUAUAAUGGCCUCCAAGUCUGACAUAGCAGAUGUUGUAGCUGUCAAGCCUAUGCCUCCUUGGAGAAGAACCAAGAAUAAUGUGAGGAUUUUGAGGGAUAACAAAAUAUUAUGCUCCUCUGAUGAAGCUACUGAUGAUAUUGGGGUAGUGAUGGAUGAAGUUGGGGUUGAUCUGCUUGCUAAGGAAGAAACAAAUGAUUUAAGUAAAAUAUCCAUUCUUGAUGCCACUGGAAGGAAUUCUGCCAACCCUGAUGUUUCCCAGGACUCUGCAGAGAGGCAUUUUCACACAUAUGAAGGAAAUUCAACUGAUCUCUUAAAUGACAGCCUUCAUGGAAAGAGUCAAUCAGAGAGGGCAAUGACUCCUGAGAAGAAAACAGAUCAAGGAAAUUCUAUUUGGUCGAUUGUUAAUCCAAUUAUCGCCGAUCUCAUAAGAACUGAAGAAUUUUCUAACUUCUACAUUCACCCGUAUACACAGAAGCAAUUGCUGCAGAUGCCCAAUGGGUUGCUUUGCAAGAAUAGAGUGGGUGAGUGUGAAGGCAGAAAGGACACAUUAAAUGAGUUCUAUGGUGCAAAGGAGGGAGAUCUCUCUCGUCUGGUGGCAUCUUCAAAUGCUAGUGUUUGCUGCAGUCACCAAAGUGAACAUUCAAUGUGCAAUGAAAAGAGUUGUCCUGUUGAUGAUUUAGAGCUGUCAGUUAAGGCUAGAAAAUUGGGAGCUCUCAAUUUUUCUCCAGAGGAUGAAGUGGAAGGGGAAAUUAUAUUUUAUCAGCAUAGGUUACUGGGCAACGCAGUUUCAAGAAACCAUGUUACCGAUAAUUUAGUUUCUAGGGUUGCUAAAAGUCUACCACAGGAGGUUGAAGCAUCAAGGACAAAGAUAUGGGAUACUAUGCUUGUUAAUCGAUAUCUUUAUGAGCUAAGAGAAGCAAAGAAGCAGGGCCGUAAAGAGAGAAGACAUAAGGAGGCACAGGCAGUGUUGGCUGCUGCAACUGCUGCUGUAGCUGCUUCCUCCAGGAUUUCAUCAAGAAAAGAUGGCUUGGAAGAUUCUAGUCAUCAAGAGAAUGUAUUGAAGCUGAAUGCUUCUGUUGGAAGGGCCGGCAUUAACUCUCAGACAAGAGCAAAAGAUGCACUUUCUAGGAAUGCUGUCUCAAGGACUCCAUCUGAAAAGUACUCAGAUAUUGUUCAAUCAGUUACAGAUUUUUCUAAAGGACAUCCUAGGUCGUGCGAUAUCUGCAGGAGAUCUGAGACAGUACUGAAUCCUAUUUUAGUCUGUUCUGGCUGCAAGGUUGCAGUUCACUUGGAUUGCUAUCGCAACGUUAAAGAAUCUACAGGUCCUUGGCGCUGUGAAUUAUGUGAAGAACUGUUCUCAUCUAGAUCCUCUGGAGCUCCAUCUCUAAAUUUUUGGGAGAAACCUUAUCCUGCUGCAGAAUGUGGCUUAUGUGGUGGUACUACUGGUGCUUUUAGGAAAUCUGUAGAUGGCCAGUGGGUACAUGCUUUCUGUGCUGAGUGGGUUCUUGAAUCAACAUUCAGAAGGGGACAAGUUAAUCCUGUUGAGGGAAUGCAUUUGGCUUCAAGGGGGGUUGACGUUUGUUGUAUAUGUUGUUGCAAGCGUGGUGCAUGCAUUAAGUGUGGUUAUGGUCACUGUCAGAUCACUUUCCAUCCCUCCUGUGCUAGAAGUGCUGGCUUCUGUAUGAAUGUGAAGCUUGGUGGUGGCAAAUUGCAUCACAAAGCUUAUUGUGAACAGCACAGUGUGGAGCAGAGAGCAAAGGCUGAAACUCAAAAACAUGGAAUUGAGGAGUUGAAAAACAUGAAGCAAAUUCGGGUUGAACUGGAAAGAUUACGCCUUCUUUGUGAAAGAAUAAUCAAACGUGAAAAAUUGAAGCGAGAGUUGGUUCUUUGCUCACAUGAAAUACUUGCCUGUAAAAGAGAUCAUGUUACUCGUGCUGUGCUUGUUCAUAGUCCCUUUUUCCAUCCGGAUGUUAGCUCCGAAUCUGCAACAACUUCUCUCAAGGGCCAUACAGAUGAUAACAAAUCAUGCAGUGAAGCAAUGCGAUCUGAUGAUGUAACUGUGGACAGUACACUUUCAGUGAAGCACCAAGCAAAGGUUUCUGUGCCUGUGGACAAUUAUCAAAGAACUGAUGACAGCUCCACUUCCCAAAGCCUCUUUGUUCGGAAGCCAACUGAGAGGGUGCCAUUUUCUGGGAAGCAAAUCCCACACAGAUAUUCUCUUGCAUCUCGUAAUGCUUUGGAUAAUGCAGAAUGGAACUCAAAAUCCAGGAAGCCAAUUGAAACAUUUGAAAAGGAGCUGGUAAUGACAUCGGAUGAAGCAUCGAUGAAGAAUUCACGGUUACCAAAAGGAUAUUGUUAUGUUCCUGUUGAUUGUCUUCCCAAGGAGAAGCACCUCACACGAGAUACCACUUCUGAUGGACAGUUGGAGCACAAUGGUUAGGCUUUGUCAGUACACCAGUUGUGAAUUGCCUUAUGGAAGGGUGACGGCCCAUCUGUGCCUAAUGCAACUGUUUUCUGUGCGGAACUGGAGGUGUAUGUUGAUGAAGGCAGUUGAGUGGCAGAAGCAGUGGUGAGAUGUUGAUUAGGGUUAGUGUGGCCUCAAUGCCAUAUGAGCCGCGUGAUGUGACUCGGGAUGGGGAAGUUUUGGCAUAUCAUUUGUUGUAUAUCUCACAAGAGUAACUGUACAGUGGGUGAGAAUUUCAUUCGAUCGAGGUUUGCCUAGAGGCUAGAAAAUUCAGUCUUGAAGGGUCGUUAGGGAUUGUGGGACAUAGGAAUGGAGAUUUGCUUAUUAAAAAGAAAAAGAAAAAAAAAGAAAGGGUCCUACUGUGCGUGCUCUGAGUCUGAUGUAUAGUGUAGCUGUUGUACAUAUUUUUUUCCUUAACGUAACCUGCCAAAGAAAUGUUGCUGAACCAGUGAUUUUGAUGCGUACAAAGGCAUCAUCUCGACACUCGUUUCGUACUGUCUGCUCAGAUAUUAUAGAAGUUUUUCUUCC